AUGGUAACGCUCGAGAAAAUUUAUCGUCGCAUAACACACUCCAAAUGGACAAAAGCCUAUGUCAUUUUGGCUUGUCUUCAGGGCAUCACCAUUAUCAUUCUACAGAGUAUCAUCGCCUAUCAAAAUACCUCCCAAGUUGCGUUACUUGUAUCUGACGAAACAGCGCUUCAUCUAUUUCGAGACUCCAAUCCUCAUGUGGCCAUGGCAAUAGAUCAGGCAGCCGAUCGGUUGAAACGAAUCAAGUGGGAAAACAUUGCAUUCAUUGGUUUUCAGUUCUGGUUUGUUGGCAUGUCAUUUGAUUCUACCAUAUACCAAAAUUCAGCCGAAGUGAUUGCACUGGCGGUGUUGAACUUUGUGUGCGCUGUUCUAGGUGCUCUGGAAGUGGUCGACGGACGGCGUUGGCUGAGAACCUUGCGAAACCUUAAAAAUGUUUACGAUCUGAAUAUUUCGACCGAUCCGUUACGGCUCGCUUAUUACCUUGAAAUCGUGCUGGCCGCGUGUCUUGCUCUUUUUGCUUGUGCUUUUGCUUUCCUAUCUUACCAAGUGGUACGGCAACUGGGGUGGGUCAUUUACAAGAAAAUCGGUGGUGACAUUGCUAUACAAAAAAUGUAUCGUACGUUUCAAUUCUUCGUACUGGCUCUCAAGAUCGACAUCUUUAUCGAAUUUUUGGUAUCAUGCUUCUAUAUUGGCCAAUUUGUGCUAAAGGCAGGUUUUGAGUGGAAAACCUACGUAUUUGUCAUAGUAACAUUCUGCAUGUUGCCCAUGUUCUAUUUCGCCCGCAUGACAAUAUGUGCCGAAGGGACGAAACGAAUGAUUAUUUUCAUCAUAUUUCAAAUCGUCAUUUUCUUCCAAUUCAUCCUGAUCCUCGGUCAAACCAUUACGCCCGAGGACUUUUGGUAUACUUGGAUUUGUUUCGUUGUGGUCGGAAUGAUUCUCGCCAUCGCGACGUCCGUCCUCGGGUUUAUGUGCUUGCGAAACUUUGGCAAAGGCCUGGAGCCUUACGUACAACGAGGAGCAAAGAAACAGGAACAAAUGGAUCGACUUGAAUUGAACAAACACUCCACCAGCUCAUCAUGGCAAAUUGAUGACGACUGA